CCAAAGUUACAACCGCGCGCCGACUGUCGUGCCCAACCACGACAACCUCGAUUUGCGGCAUGGCCUCCCCAGCCAAUUUGCUUCGGCUUUGCCUGCGGGCACCCAGCAGGCGGUUGCCAACCGCUAGGGCUGCUGUUGCGGCUCAAAAGACCGUGUUUCUCCGGCCCUUGUCGACAACGCCGGUGCGAUGGGCCGAGGAGGAGGAAGAACGACGCGAAGAUGACGAUCCCUCCAACCAGGUUUUUGCCGACCCCGGCGAGUUUCUGAGGAGCUUUCUCCGCGAUGAGAGUAUAACCCAAGAAGAGCGCCAGCUUGCGCAAAGCAUGCUCGGGGACUGGUCAAAGGUUCCCAAAGACACGCAAAAAAGUCUUCAAAACCUAGUAGCCGAGAUCAACAACGAGGCGGCGCCGCUACGGAGGGUUAGAGUACCGAAAAAGGACAGCUUCUGGAACGAGGACAACGCGGAUACGGAUCUGAUCACGGACGAGAACGGUGAAGACGAUUUUGAGGAGGAUGAUAUGCUGGCCAUGGGCCACGCCAAGCUGGAGGAACACCGCGAGUUUAGAGAAUACGCACGCAUUGCCGUGUGGGAGAUGCCGCUGCUCUCGAAACUUGCCAAGCCAUUUCAGCCGCCUGUUGGGGACGAAGUCCUGCGCUUCAGAUACACGACCUACAUGGGCGAAUUCCACCCUGCAGACCGGAAGGUUGUGGUCGAGUUCUCGCCCAACGACUUGGCCGACUUGACAGAAGCUCAACGGCUGAAGCUCAUGAAGCUUGCUGGGCCAAGAUACAACCCGGAGAAAGGAAUCAUCAAGAUGAGCUGCGAAAGAUUUGAGCAUCAAGCCCAGAACAAGCGGUAUCUGGGAGAUCUAAUCGCCAAGAUGAUUGCCGCUGCAAAGGAUCCCACCGACAUGUUUGAAGAUAUUCCCCUGGAUACCCGCCACCACAAGUUUAAGACAGUGAUCAAGUUUCCCAAGGAAUGGUACUUGACAGAGGAGCGGAGGCAGCAGCUAGAGGCACAACGGAAACAGGCAUAUCUACUGGACGAGCAGAAGAGACAGUCCGGGACAUUGGUUAACGGCGUGGAGGCCAUUCAAGAGGGCUUGCGUGCCCGUGUAAACCGCAUUGGGGAGCCCGUUCCGGUACGGAGACCACUCGCGCCGCCUAGGCCUCCCCUAAGGAGGUAGCCGGCCGCUGAUGGUCCCGACAUCGUUUUCAUUCGACCGGAGCAGUGAGGUUGCCGCGCUCGGCUGAUCCUCUGCCCGGGGCAGUGCCAUGACAACGUGCUGCUCCGUGAUUGCCCCGUCCGGGCAAGAUGUAGUACUGUGUAUGAGAUCCAGUGUAUAUCAUAGACCUGCAUGCCAUUCGAGGUCUCUUUACUUGCUUUCAAAUUGGGUUUCUAUCCGUCGGCUGGGCCGGGUAUUACACGAUCUACCAGACUGAUGGGCGGGUUUUCUGGGUUUUAUUACUGGGGGCCAGACAGAAGGACCUCUGCACCGCUUCUUGUCACAGAAGUCCGUUGACAACGGUCAAUAGGUACAUAGGCUCACCAGUGUCUGAUCUCUUAGACUAAGAUUUAGUAGAAGGGGGCGAUGCCCUUGUCGAAGAGACAUCAGGUCUAUUUUUCGAAAGACUUGCU